AAAAAAUUAAAGCAUACGACGCCGUUUGUUGGCUUACCAAAAGCAAUACAGAGACAAAGAGACCUACCGCUACGGCUGUGUAAGCUUUGAGAGGGCUCCGUCCGUGGUGAAUGAGGAGAGAGUUAAGGGAGGAGGGUCCGACAACCCCAUAGAACCAGACGAAGUGGAGCCAGCCUCAACUUUGCGUAUUGUGGAACUGAUUUUCUCUAAAUUCUGCUUAGUGGGAUUCUCCCAAGUCACACAACGCCAUGGCUUCUUUAUUCAAGGAUCUAACAAAGCUUUCAGCAUAUCGGGAUAGAAGAUUUCCCGGCUCGCAAGAGGAAUUCGAACAAGCACUUUUGGCAUCGAAUACUUGUUAUGUUGGGAAUAUGUCCUUUUAUACAACUGAAGAGCAAGUUUAUGAGCUUUUCUCCCGUGCCGGAGAAAUUAAGAAGAUUAUUAUGGGAUUGGAUAAGAAUACAAAAACACCUUGUGGUUUUUGUUUUGUAAUAUACUAUUCUAGAGAGGAUACAGAGGAUUCUGUCAAAUAUAUAAGUGGGACAAUUCUUGAUGAUCGUCCUAUUCGUGUGGAUUUUGAUUGGGGAUUCCAAGAAGGCAGGCAAUGGGGCCGAGGUCGAAGUGGUGGACAGGUCCGUGACGAAUAUCGUACAGACUAUGAUCCAGGUAGAGGGGGCUAUGGAAAACUAGUUCAGAAAGAAUUGGAAGCUCAGAGGCAGCUUGUGGAUUAUGGUGCUGGGUCGUUGGGCACUUUCCCACCUGUCAUGGCACCUCCAUUUGGUAGACAAGGUGGAAAUCAUGGUCAUGGGGGUUCUUAUCGGAACAGAGAUUAUAAUCGGAAAAGAUAUCGAGAUGAUGAUCGUCGUUAUGAGAGCUCCAAGAGACACUCCGACAAUGACUCACGGAAGAACACUGAUCACGAACCCCGACCGGAGAAAAAUCCGAGGUUUCGCGAGAGCGGUGACUCCGAUGAUGAAGAGGAAGAUGAUGGAAAGCGGCGAAACUAGCAAGAUUCAUUGUCAUCUUACCAACAACUUCAAAACAUUAAAUUUUUGUUAAUUUUUAUAGCUUAGUUUGUGCAUUUGGUCGUGUUACAGUAAGCAGGCGAUUAACUGAGACUAUCGAUUAUGUCUUAACACAGUGAUUUUAUGCCAAAUGAACCAAAUCCUUUUGUUUCCA